AUGCCCUCCAAGCUCCCCAGGUCACAGCAUAUGUGCGCAGACACCCCCCAUGCAGCCCCCAAGAAGAGGGCUGACUUCCUCCAGACCGACCUUCGCCCUCCCAGGCUGCUCGGCCAGGUCUCUGGGUUUGUCUGGAGACAGAUGGUUGACAAGUGCCACCCUGGGGCUUGGUGGAGGGUGGCGGGGGCAGAGAACCAACCCUGUGUGAGGGCUUGCAGUGUAGGGAAGCAGGCCCUGCUGGGCUCGUUGGAAGCACUGGCCCCAAAUCAUUCUAUCUCCCUAGCAGGACGAGGGGAAAUAAUAUGCACCCCCUGUUUUUACUUCCUUGGCAGACGUCAGCCUCCCAGUAAACUCCCUUGGUGCCCCAGUGCAGCUCACUGGUAG